AGUCAUGUAUCCUUAACCUUUUUUCAACUGACUCUCUUAUUUGUUCAUUAAAUCGGCCUUUAUUCAUAUAAUGCGUAAUCCAGGAAUGUAACGAUUUAAUUGGCACGAGAAAACUCGAGAAAAUAGCAACUGCACAAAUCGCAAUGACAACAAUGAAUGGCUAAAUUACUUCCGGACACUAAGGUUCCGCGGAGCUCCUCCUCACUAUUCUUUAUAUUAGCGACACCCAUUCAGUAGAUAUGUGAGCAUUUUUAGUUAUCUGUUCAUGUAGUAGAUUGGAAUGCAAAGUUUGUUUGCUCAAGUGGUGUCCACUGUCCAGUGCAUCAGGGGGAGUUUUAAUUGCUGGUGCAACCUAUAUAGUGGUCUGAUGCAUUGCCGAAACGUCCAGACUGGAACCAAACAAUGGACAGAGUAGGCUGCCAUGCACGGGUGUCACAUCAGUCCUUGAUGGCAGCUGCAGUGUCUGUGGGUUUUCCUUUCUCUAUUGCACUUAACUGAUCAGCCAAUGUUAUUGAUUUGAGGCCAACGUACACCAGUGAUGUACUAUAUUAGUUAAUGUGCAACAUUCUGAAAUUUACAGAUAGAAAUGGAAUGAAUAGGUUCUAGACUAUUCCCAUUUCUAGAUGACAGAAAAGUUUUAUGCAGAAUACAUUUUGUCUAUCUGAGCAUACGGUAAUGUUGCAGCUGAACAGGGCCCUGUUCUAGAUUAGACACUGACUAAAAGGGAAAAAGGAAUACCUGAAUCGUGUUCAUUAGCGCAUACUGUAGAAAAACAUUUUAAAAUAGGAAACACAAACAAGCUUAUUAAACAACAUUUCACUCUGUUUCGGGUCACUGUCUUCCAUUGUGUGCCUACUGAACAUGACCCAGCAGACACUGCGGCAGCCCUCGAGGUAUUGAGCCCAGCUGUACCGGCAUAACCUCUGCAGGGUUUUAGUAUGGCUUCAGAGAAGAUGGAUGAUUACAGUGGGACACUGGGGCUGAAUGUUUACGUCAAAGAGGAGGAGGAAGAGGUGCAGGUGGAGGAUUUCACAAUGAAGGACAAGGAGGCAUUCACAGUGAAGGAGGAGGAUGAAGCUUUCACAGUGAAGGAAGAGGUGUUGACUUUCACAUUUAAAAAAGAAGAAGAAGAGGUUUCAACAGUGAAAGAAGAAGAGGACGAGGUUAUCACAGUGAAAAUUGAGGAGGGUGGAGCAGAGAGGCCUAGCCCCAGCACUGAGACUAAAUGGGGCUCGAAGAGUGGAAAAAGUUUGAUACAGGAACUAGACUGGCGAGCUCCUGUGGAGAAACCUCACUGCUGUUCCCAGUGUGGCAAAACAUUCUCAGAGUCCGGAAACCUGAAGCAGCACAUGCGGACGCACAGCGGAGAGAGACCUUACCACUGCUCCAAAUGUGGGAAACGCUUCAUACAAUUGGGACACUUCAACAGCCACCAGCGCACGCACACGCAGGAGAAACCGUUCAGUUGCGGUGAGUGCGGGAAGAGUUUCUCUCAGAGAAUCAAUUUGAAGAAACACCAGCUCACACACUCCGGUGAGAGGCCUUUCCUGUGCUCUGACUGCGGGAAGAGUUUCUCUUCAUCUACCAACCUAAAAAGACACCAGAGUACGCACAGCAAUGAAAAGCCUUUCCAGUGCACCAACUGUGAGAAAAGUUUCACUCAUAUACACCACUUGACACGUCAUCAGACCGUACACACGGGGGAGAAACCUUACACUUGCUCUGACUGUGGGAGGAGUUUCUCCCUCCAGGGGACUUUAAAGAAACACCAGCGCACACACACCGGGGAGAAACCGUACCAGUGCUUGCUCUGCGGGAAGAAUUUCUCUCUUUCGGUGGCACUGAAGAGACACCAGCUCAUGCACACUGGAGAGAAACCAUACCAAUGCUCUCAAUGCGGGAAGAGUUUCACCCAAAAGGGACAAUUAACUCAACACCAGGGCACACAUGAACUAGAAAAGCCUUACCCCUGCUCCCAGUGUGGGAAAAGUUACUCCUCAGCCCCCUCGUUAAAAGCACAUCAGAGGACUCACAAAGAGUCAACGUCACUCGCAAUGACAGCACAUUUCAGUAAGUAAAUUAUUGAACUGGUUGUCUCUGAUUGGGAUUGAUAGCCUACAUUUGAAACUAUAGAUGCCUUAAAUGCUUUGUCAUGUUCAAACAACUCUUAGUCCCAAUUUCAUUUUCUCUCUGAAAUGUUCACUUGCACACUCCUUACAGAUUUAAAAGGAAUGGACUGGUUUGCAUUCAGUACCACAGAACGGUGAGCAACCUUGAAUUCAAUGGAAACUGCACAUAAAAACUUUAAGCCAAACCAUCGAUGGCCACCAGAUUAUCGCCAGCUGAUCUUUAGUUAAACCAGUAAUUGGCGCUAAAAUCACCUAUACAGCUACACACCUAUCUCAAUUGCAACCAUUAUUGGACACCAUUACCUCUCCCUAAAGUGGAUGUUGAGCUUUACUCUUAGUUCUGAUUUUAAGACUAUUUUGCCCUCUGUUGGGUAUUAUCAUCAGAACAAUUGAAUCCUGUUUUUUUUUGCAGAUUCAAGGUGAUUUUAAUCAAUUUGACAAUCCAUUCCAUACAACUCAAGUAAAGUAUUUAAUUUCCUUGUUUUCCACAGCAAAUCCUCUAUGGCAGUGUAGCCUACCCUACGCAUUUUAUGAUUGGAAAAAUCAUGGUGUAGGAUAAAUUUGUUUCCAAUUUAUGUAAUCCAUUAAUGAUUUAACUUGUCUAAAUAAAAUAUGGCAUUUUU